AUGGGUAAUCCGAAAAACAUUCGGAAUAUGUCAGUCAUUGCCCAUGUCGACCACGGAAAAUCUACUCUUACGGAUUCUUUGGUUUCUAAAGCUGGCAUCAUCUCAGCAAAGGCUGCCGGUGAUGCCCGUUUUACAGACACCCGUGCUGAUGAGCAGGAACGUUGCAUUACCAUAAAGUCUACUGGAAUCAGCAUGUACUUUGAACAUGAUCUUGAGGAUGGGAAUGGGAAACAACCUUUUCUAAUCAAUCUAAUUGAUUCUCCAGGACAUGUCGACUUUUCCUCAGAAGUGACAGCAGCACUCAGGGUAACUGACGGUGCCCUUGUGGUUGUGGAUACAAUCGAAGGCGUUUGUGUCCAGACUGAAACUGUGCUACGACAGGCGUUAUCAGAACGUAUUAAGCCCGUCCUGCACGUAAAUAAGGUAGAUCGUGCAUUAUUAGAAUUGCAAAUGGAUCCAGAAGAGAUUUAUCAAACCUUCUCGCGCACAAUUGAAAAUGUAAAUGUUAUCAUAUCAACCUAUACUGAUUCUUUGAUGGGUGAUGUACAGGUUUACCCUGAAAAGGGAACAGUUAGUUUUGGGUCCGGGUUACAUGGUUGGGCUUUUACCAUUGAAAAAUUCGCCAGAAUAUAUUCUAAGAAGUUUGGAAUUGAAAAAUCUAAAAUGAUGCAAAGGCUUUGGGGGGAUAACUUUUUUAACGCUAAGGAGAAGAAGUGGACAAAGUCAGAAGUGCCUGGCUCCAAACGUGCCUUUACCCAAUUUAUCAUGGAACCCAUUUGCACCUUGUUCACAUCCAUUAUGAAUGAUGAUAAGGAAAAGUAUGGGAAAAUGCUUACCACAAUUGGCGUUGAAUUGAAGGGUGAUGAUAAGGAAUUGACAAGCAAAGCUCUACUGAAGCGUGUUAUGCAAUUGUGGCUUCCUGCGGGAGACAUUUUGCUGGAAAUGAUUGUAUCCCACUUACCUAGUCCAUUUGUUGCACAAAAGUACAGGGUUGAAAAUCUAUAUGAGGGCCCUAUGGACGAUGAGGCAGCAAAUGGAAUACGUAAUUGUGACCCAAAUGCACCCCUGGUAAUGUACAUAUCCAAAAUGGUUCCCACGUCCGAUAAGGGCAGGUUUUAUGCCUUUGGCCGCGUGUUCUCAGGUACAGUAGCUACGGGACAAAAGGUGAGAAUUCAGGGACCUAAUUAUGUCCCUGGAGAGAAAAAUGAUCUAUUGAUCAAAAACAUCCAACGCACAGUGCUCAUGAUGGGCAGAUAUACUGAGCAGAUCCAGGAUGUUCCAUGCGGUAAUACAUGUUGCCUGGUGGGUGUGGAUCAGUACAUUCUCAAGAGCGGUACUAUAACUACAUGCGAAACUGCUUACAACAUUGCAAGCAUGAAAUAUUCUGUCUCUCCUGUCGUGAGAGUGGCAGUAAAGCCAAAGGACUCCAAGGAAUUGCCCAAGCUUGUAGAAGGACUCAAGAAACUGAGCAAAUCCGACCCACUUGUGGUUUGUACCACGGAAGAAAGCGGCGAACAUAUCAUUGCAGGCUGUGGAGAACUACAUGUUGAAAUUUGUCUCAAAGACUUGAGGGACGAGUACGCCCAAAUUGACUUUAUCGUUUCGGAUCCUGUGGUCUCAUACCGCGAAACAGUAUCAGCGCCUAGUAGUAUUACUUGUUUAUCAAAAUCACCGAAUAAGCACAAUAGGUUGUACAUGACAGCUGAGCCCUUUGCCGAUGGAUUGGCCGAGGAAAUUGAGGAUGGAAAGAUUACGUCGCGUGAUGAUGUCAAGAUCAGGGCUAAUGUAUUGGCUGAAAAGUACAACUGGGAUAAGAAUGCGGCGCUAAAGAUCUGGUGCUUUGGCCCAGAGACAGUAGGUCCAAACAUUUUAGUUGACUGCACAAGUGGUGUGCAGUAUCUCAACGAAAUUAAAGACCAUUGCAAUUCUGCCUUUCAGUGGGCCUCCAAGGAAGGUGCUUUGUGUGAUGAAAAUAUGCGUGGCAUUCGAUUCAACCUGAACGAUGUUACAAUGCAUGCGGAUGCUAUACACAGAGGUGCAGGGCAAAUCAUGCCAACAUGCAGACGCUGUUUGUAUGCAUGCCAACUAACAGCUCAGCCGAAACUACAGGAACCAAUUUUUUUAGUGGAUAUCAAUUGCCCUCAGGAUGCCGUCGGUGGAGUGUAUAGUACACUAAAUCAACGCCGUGGGCAUGUAUUCCAUGAAGAGCAACGUGCGGGUACUCCUCUGAUGGAAAUUAAAGCAUAUUUACCCGUGGCCGAAUCGUUUGGCUUCACUUCGGCCCUGCGGGCUGCCACUUCAGGGCAGGCCUUCCCACAGUGCGUGUUUGACCACUGGUCGCUCCUCUCUGGAGAUUCGUUGGAGAAGGGGAGCAAGAUCAACGAGUUGAUCUUGGCCAUUAGGCAGAGGAAGGGUAUAAAGGCCGAGAUUCCUUCCCUUGACAAUUAUCUGGAUAAAUUAUAA